AUGGAAGAAAAUGAAACUCCCCAUUCCUCUCAACCUCAAAAAAAGAAAAUUAAGCGCUAUUGUACGUACAUUCCAGAAUGGGAAGAUAUGUUCGAACAUAUCAAAAAGGUAGACGCUGAACAUGGGAUGUGCAAACUAUGUAGUGUUCGUUUUACAGUAAAGUUUGAGGGAAAAAGAGCAGUUGAAAAUCAUUGUAAUAGUCAAAAACAUAAGAAUAAUAUUCGUGAUUUAAAAUCAAGUAAGUCAUUGCGUACAUUUUUUGUAAAAAAGUUUACUAAAGAAGAGGAUGAAGUUACCCUUAUUGAAAUUGUGAACACAUACCAUUCAGUUAGGCAUCAAAUAAGUUACAAUGCUCAGGAUUGUCAUAACAAGUUGCUACCCAAGUUAAUCACUGAUUCUAAAAUUUUGCUCAAGAUUUCUUGUGGAAGAACAAAAGCUGCGAGUAUCGUGGAAGGUGUUUUAGCUCCAAAAUCUCAAGAAUGCUUACUAGAUAAUUUAAAAAAGUCGAUUUACUAUUCCGUGGCGUCCGAUGCGUCAAAUAGGAGAAAUAUAAAACUAUUUCCGCUAUGUGUACAAUUUUUUUCUAGAAGUGGAGGAAUUGUUCGGGGAGUUUUAGAUUUCUAUGAGGACUCAGAUGAAACUAGCGAAGCUAUUGCCAACCAAAUUAUUGAAAAAUUACAAAAUAAUAAUCUAAAUCUUGAACAUGUUACUAGCUAUAGUGGAGAUAAUGCAUCUGUCAAUUUCGGUGUUCGCUGUUCAGUAUUUCAAAAAUUGAAGGCAAUUAACAGUAAGCUAAUUGCCAGUAAUUGUAAAUGUCACAUUUUACAUAACACAAUAAAGUUUGCCAGCAAAGGAUUAAAUUUUGAUAUUGAAAGUUUUGUUAUAAAAUUAUAUAACGAAUUUUCAAGUUCUGCCAAACGUGUACAAGCUCUAAAAAGUUUUUUUGAAUUUGUAGAAUUAGAAUAUAAGGAUUUGUUAAGACAUGUUGCAACUAGAUGGCUAUCUUUAUUGCCAGCAAUAGAUAGGCUAUUGUUAAACUGGCCAGCACUUAAAUCAUAUUUCUUAUCUGAAGGAGAAGAAAACUGUUCCAAAAUAAUUUGGGAAGUAUUUAAUGAAGAUGACGAGGAAUCGUUAGUUCUUGCACUACUUUAUUUUGUUCAAAAUAUAUUGGUAAUAUUUCAAAACAUCAUACUGAAAUUAGAACAUAAUGAAACCACUGUAAUAGAAUUACAUUCACUAAUGAAUAAUUUAAAAGUUAAUUUGGGGCAAAGACUAUCCGACAAAUUUUAUGGUAAUUCUGCCAACCGAAUGAUUAGAAAAAUGACAGAUAGUAAAAGGUUGCAAUUUGAAAGACAGGCAGUAUGCUUUUUGAACAGGUGUUUAAAUUAUUUGACGAAAUGGUAUGAUUUUAAUAAUGAUUUUCUUGCAAGUUUGGCGUGUUUAGAUUUGAAAAAAAUAAUAAGCUAG